AUGGAUAAUUUCCUUCUGGAGAAUUAUUCAGAUGAUUUUGACUUAGAUAAUCAGAAUGUGUCAGUUUCUGAAACUGCCGAGGCACCAUCCGAUUUGAUCUUGCCACUGUUGAGGUACCAAAAAAAGUGGUUGGCUUGGUCAUUAAAGCAAGAAGAAUCUAAAGCCAAAGGGGGUAUUCUUGCUGAUGAAAUGGGAAUGGGGAAGGCUGUUCAAGCCAUCGCACUUGUGCUUGCUAAACGCGAAUUACAGAAAGCAUCUAGUGAUUCCAGUAUAAUGUCAUCUUCAGCAAGUACUUCCCAGGAACUCCCAGUAGUAAAAGGAACUCUUGUUGUCUGUCCUGUGGUUGGAGCAAUGCAUGGUUUCGUGAGAUUGAACGUUGCACUACUAAAGGAAGCAACAAAACUCUCGUUUAUCAUGGCACCAACAGGGAGAAACUUAUGCACAAACUGGAGGAAUAGGAUUUUUUCAUUACUACGUACUCCACUAUCGAGGCUGACUAUAGGCCAAAGCAGCACAGAAAGAACUCAAAACCUCGGGUAG